GGGCGGUAUUAGGCUUACAUACAUAGUGUGAGCAGUCCUGUGUGUCCUCCAGUGUCUCUAGUCUAAAACACAAUAAGUUAAGAUGUCUGUGGUCGGUGGAGCCUUGUGUCGAAAUGUUUUGGCUGUAAGGAAUUCUGGCAUGAUGGUGAUGGUUCGCCAUGCUCAGACGGCCGCUGCCCCGGCUCCUGAAUCCAGGAUCAAGAAGUUCCAGAUUUACCGCUGGGACCCAGACACCUCUGGAGACAAACCACGAAUGCAGACAUAUGAAAUAGAUCUCAAUACUUGUGGUCCAAUGGUUCUGGAUGCCCUCAUUAAGAUCAAGAAUGAGAUUGACCCCACACUCACGUUCAGACGCUCCUGCCGUGAAGGUAUCUGCGGCUCAUGUGCCAUGAACAUAAAUGGAGGCAACACACUGGCAUGCCUGAACAAAAUCGACACCAACACAAGCAAACCGACAAAAAUCUACCCACUCCCACACAUGUAUGUGGUCAAAGAUCUGGUGCCUGAUAUGAGCAACUUCUAUGCGCAGUACAAAUCUAUCGAGCCCUACCUGAAAAAGAAGGAUGGAGCUCAAGAAGGGAAGGAGCAAUAUUUCCAGUCGGUGGAAGACAGGCAAAAACUGGACGGCCUGUAUGAGUGCAUCCUCUGUGCUUGCUGCAGCACCAGCUGUCCCAGCUACUGGUGGAACGGAGACAAAUACUUGGGACCGGCUGUCCUCAUGCAGGCCUACCGGUGGAUGAUUGACUCCCGAGAUGAAUUCACAGAGGAGCGUCUGUCUAAACUUCAGGACCCCUUCUCCCUCUACCGCUGCCACACUAUCAUGAACUGCACCAAGACGUGUCCAAAGGGACUCAACCCGGGGAAAGCCAUUGCAGAGAUCAAGAAAAUGAUGGCAACUUACAAAGAGAAGAAAGCAGCAGCUUCAUGAACAAUUGAAAAUCCAGCUGGCUCAAGAGAUCCACUAAUAUUACCUUGGACUAUGUUAAGAGGACGAGAAGAGCAAACCAAGGAACUAAUGCCCACAUCAGCACUUUUUCAUAAUUUAUAUUAUAUAUAGUUUGGGAGAUGCAAGUGUGCCGAGUGUGCUUUGUUAAGGUAAAUUAAUACAGGGCAUUGUGAGAAAAGGGUGCUCUAAAGAACUGUUAAAGUUGAGUUAUGCAACAGGUUGGACCAUAUUUCUGCUAUUUGUUUGACGAAUGAAAAAAACUUGGCUCUGUUGAUUUGGCUUUUUGGGAAAAGCUUGUGGAACUUGUUGGCUGUAAAUAUUCCAAUAUGUGUUAAUAAAAGAUGUGCUGGGCUCAUUAUG